GUUACUGUUUAAAAGACUGGUCGGAGGACUGAAACCUAUUGGAGACACCCAGCUGCUCUGUUUACUGUAGCCUCAUCAUCAUGCGUGAGAUUGUACAUCUGCAAAUUGGACAAUGUGGCAACCAGAUCGGCUCAAAGUUUUGGGAAGUGAUCAGUGAUGAGCAUGGGCUCAAUGCAACAGGCAUCUAUGAGGGAGACAGCGACCUCCAACUGGAGAGAGUCAACGUCUACUUCAACGAGGCACAUGGUGGUAAAUAUGUCCCCAGGGCUCUGCUCGUUGACCUGGAGCCUGGUACAAUGGACAGUGUAAGAGGAAGCCGCAUCGGGGGCCUUUUUAGACCCGACAACUUCAUCCAUGGGAACUCGGGGGCUGGGAAUAACUGGGCUAAGGGCCACUACACAGAGGGAGCAGAGCUGGUGGAUCAGGUGAUCGACAGGGUGAGGAACGAGAGUGAAAGCUGUGAUUGCCUGCAGGGCUUCCAGCUGGUUCACUCAUUGGGGGGUGGCACUGGCUCUGGCAUGGGAACGCUCAUCAUCAACAAGAUCAGAGAGGAGUACCCUGACCGCAUCAUGAACAGCUUCAGCAUCAUGCCCUCCCCUAAGGUCUCUGACACGGUGGUGGAGCCCUACAAUGCCACCCUGUCAGUCCACCAACUCCUGGAGAACACGGACGAGACCUUCUGCAUCGACAACGAGGCCCUCUACGACAUCUGUUUCCGCACGCUGAAACUGACCACUCCUACUUACGGGGACCUCAACCACUUGGUCUGCAUGACCAUGAGUGGGGUCACGACAUCUCUGAGGUUCCCAGGACAGCUGAACGCAGACCUGAGGAAGCUGGCUGUCAACAUGGUGCCUUUCCCUCGCCUCCACUUCUUCAUGCCCGGCUUUGCCCCCCUGACGGCCCGUGGCAGCCAACAGUAUCGAGCCCUAACGGUGCCUGAGCUCACCCAGCAGAUGUUUGAUGCUCGCAACAUGAUGACGGCAUGUGACCCAAGGCGGGGGCGCUAUCUCACAGUUGCUGGCAUGUUCCGUGGCCAGAUGUCUACCAAGCAGGUAGAUGAACAGAUGCUUGCGAUGCAGCAGAAAAACAGCAACUACUUUGUGGACUGGAUCCCCCAUAAUGUCAAGGUUGCUGUGUGUGACAUCCCACCCCGAGGCCUCAAAAUGGCCUCCACCUUCAUCGGCAAUAACACAGCCAUUCAAGAGAUAUUCCGUCGUGUGGGUGAGCAGUUCUCCCUGAUGUUCAGACGCAAAGCUUUUCUCCACUGGUACACAGGAGAAGGUAUGGAUGAAAUGGAGUUCACUGAGGCAGAGAGCAACCUCAACGAUCUGGUGUCAGAGUACCAGCAGUACCAAGAUGCCACUGCUGAUCAAGAUUGGGAAGCAGAGGAAGAAGAAGAGGGGGAACCCUCAUCGACAGUGACAACAAAAGUUCAGUCUCAGGUGGAAGUUAAACCGGAAUCAGUGACAGAAAAGAGCAAAGAUACUGUAGAUGAGUAGAGAGCAUAGGGCUUACAGAGUGGUGUGUAGCUUUGACACCUUGUUGCAAGGGUAUGGAAAAUAUAUGUUAGAUUUUUGAUCUGAGAAGGAAUUUUUAUUUUGUGGUUUUAAUAUAUGCCUAUGGUUGAUAGCUUUUACUUGAUCAAAGGUGUGGUGACAUUUAAACAAUAGUGCUUAUUAUGUUGUAUUCUUAAAAUUAUUUGUAAACUUGCAUAGAGUCAAGUUAUUUUUUUAUAGUAAAUAUUUGAAAUCAUGGGAAUUUUGCAUGUAUAUAUAUUCAGAGUUUAAUGUUCUGCCAGCUCUACAAUCCGCAGCCAUAAAAAUAAAAUUGUGAUAUUUAUACUGUUUGAGAAAUAUUUUUUUCAGACCUACAGUAUGUGUUGCUUUG